AUGCACAACAAUGUACCUACUUGGAUGAGGCCAAGUUCGGAGCCGACAUGGGCUCCACCAGCCGUCGGGUUUUCGGCUUGGCCUCCACCGCCAGCACUUCCCCAGCUGGCCCACUCACCACCUCAGGAUGCAGUCCACGUCGACCACAACCAUCGGUGGAUCCUCAAGGAGACUUCUUCGCCAAAUCAGGACCUUUGGAGCUCUACGACACAGAUUCCCCAACUGCACCAGAUCACCUCAGCCGAGCAAUCUCCACUACAGUUCACGCCACACGACAACUGCGAGUUAAUUGUGCUUCUCGACGAUCAAACGAAUUUGACGACGACAGCCUCUACGACUUCAACCUUCUGCACCACGCAAACCACAAUGACACGACGUCCGAGACAGAACUUGGACAGUCGUUUGAACGUGCCACCGAGCACCCAAGCUACAAUUAAUGCGAACGCCGCAUUAUUCAACUCCUACACAUUUGAUUUCCUGCCACAUCCUCAAGAUUCGGACCCAUCUGCCUCUGCCUCCUUCGCUCCCUCCACUUCAGAUGGCGAUUUUCUCGAUCUGGAUUCGCUGAUGAGUUGUGACAUCACUUCUCUUGACGCCUACAUCCACGACGACAACGCUCAGCCAUCUCCUCUCUCUGAAACUCUCUCCGAAACUGCUCCGGAUCUUGAUCUGGACCCAGUCGACGAAUUCUUCCCAGAGCUUGUACAGCACCAGAAUAAAGCUCCGUCCUCCCGUGCUCGCAAGCCGUCUUCAGUCUCCUCAUCCGAUGGAUCCUCAUCUGACUACCGUCUAAAACGCGACAAGAACAAUCUGGCCUCCCAGAAGUCUCGUCAAAAGCGCCAAGCGAAAAUUCGCGAGGCUAAAGAGGAGAAAGAGCAGCUGGAGAGACGACAAGUACAACUAAAGGCAAUGGUAACGACACUUGAGGCACAGGUCGAGGACUACAAACGAUUGGUUAUGAUGUUUGUUAAGAGAUAA